AGCUCACCUUGGUGGACACAAAACGUUUGUAUAAAGUGAUGGUCGCUCUACAUAUUGUGUGCUGCUUCCUGUGUUCAGUGUUCGCCACCAUCUCUCAUUCUUUGGAUGUAGAUGGGCUGCCGUGGACUUGGAGUGAAGUCCAAAACCAUCCAGCUUGGAAUUAUUUGGACACUUUCGAUUGCGGUUUUAGUGUAUCAGACCGUAUCAUCGGAGGUGUAAAUGCAGCCUUAGGUCAAUACCCUUGGAUUGUUAGAAUCGGUUACACAGCGGACCCAGAACAUGAAUUGGAUUGGUUAUGUGGAGGAGCUCUUAUAACAGAUCGGCAUGUGAUAACAGCAGCUCAUUGUGUUCAGACUGCUUCAGAAGGAUAUAAGCUGUCAAAGGUUCGCAUUGGAGAAUAUAACACGGAGACAAAUCCCGAUUGUCAAUUAGCAGUAUGUGCGCCACCGUACCAAGACCGGAAAGUGAAACGGAAAAUCCUUCAUCCGAACUUCAACAACCCUCCAUUUCAGAAUGACAUAGCUAUUCUACUAUUGGAUAGACCAGUUCAAAUCAGUGAUUAUGUUUCACCAAUCUGCUUGCCCCGGGAACAACUUCUAGCUGAUCUGAAGAUUGGAGAGCUACUCACUGUGGCAGGUUGGGGGAAAAUGAAUAUGACAACUGAAGAACGAGCAAAAAUACUGCAGUUUGUAUCGGUUCCAGUUGUAAGAGCGGACACCUGCGAAGUGUUCAGGAAGGGGCUGAAGCUUGCACAGUCAUCGAUAUGUGCAGGUGCACAAUUAAAUAAAGAUGCUUGCGGCGGUGAUUCAGGGGGGCCUUUAAUGAAGGUAUUUGACACAGUCGAUGGUCCCAAGGACUAUCUGAUGGGAGUUGUAUCAUUCGGUCCUACAAUCUGCGGUAUUAGGAGACCCGGAGUGUAUGCGUCUGUUAGGUACUUUAUAUAUUGGAUCCUGAACAAUAUAUUAUAAAUAUUAACAUCAUAGAAAUCUAAAUAAGAAGAUACUAGAAGUUAUAGCGGCGUUAAAUAUUAAACACAGGUGACUAGCAGCGAGUAAGUAGUGAUUUAGUAUUAAUCGGAAUGAUGGACGGGAAACAUUGCGUAAAUAUUAGAUGUACUGCUUUAUCUAACAGCGGUGACAGCAGAAUUAGCAGAUUUACUCGUGAUAUUUUUUUCUUUUGAAUUUAUUGCUCUUAAUUAAGUAGAUAUAUUAUACUAACUUUUGUUGAAUUAUAUCAGGUUACGAAAUUUUA